UAUGAGCACGAUGGCUCUCACAUUUUUCUCAGUGGUUUUUGCAAUUGGCACAUGUUCGAAACAAUGUUUCAGCCAAGCAGAUGUUGUUAUUCAAUCAGGAUUGGUACAGCCCAGCACAAAUCCGAUGUCAUUAGAUGACCUGCCAAUUGAUUAUCAAUCGCGAUGUUCUCCUCGCCUUCAUAAUGCUCACCACUCAACCAUACAGUAUCAAUCUACACCGAUAGCCCACCGGUUCAUUCCGAUGAUAUCUAGCCAAUAUUAUCCACGAAAUUUAUUAUUCUCAGAAACUCAAUGUUAUCAAGGGAUUAAUAGAUUGAUUCAUCAACAAAUCACUGGGAUUCUUCCGCAACAUCCUAAUCAAAUGAUGAGCAUGGAUACGACUGUGGGCAGUGCACUUUCCUGCUCACAUCUUCAAUACUUAAGACCACAUUUGUUCAAGCCUGAUCUCCAGACGGGCAGAAUCUUCUCAGUGACGCUGCAUGGAUUGGAGAGCUUGAAUUGUAACAAAUUUCCCACCUACAACGGACUUCUGUGGGAGCUACCAUAUCAGACAGGAUAUUCUCCGAAUUCUAAGACAGAUGAUAAGUUGGAAACAUAAUUGCCAAUAUUUCUACCAAUGGGUGCCCCGGGAUAAAAAUUUUCAGUUUGUCGGAUCUCUCCAAGACUGUGAGAGACUAAAAUGAAUCUGUCUGGAUCUCUCGCAACCGGUUUCGCGUCUCGGAGAGUCUUUGGUGAGAGACUUCAGUCUGAGUCUUCGCCAACACGGUAGAGACUGGAAUCUCUCAUUGAAAGCUAUGGACUUAGAAUUUUCGGGAAUGGCAAUCAGGAUCUCACUAAAAUGAAUUAUUGAUUCAUUGAUCAUCAAUUAAAUAGACACUAGAGCAAGUAUAAUAUAGUACAGGGGACGAUUAGGAGGAGGGGUAAUGAAUUGGAUUACGGAGCAAGAUGGGAUAAUUUGAUGAUCGGAUGAUGAGCGAAUUAUAUCGUGAGGGAAAAUAGGAUGAAUGGGGAACUAAAUGACAGGCUAAUUAGCCAGCGAGAUAAAACGGGGAGGUGAGGUAGACUGGAACAGCCUGGACGAUGGGCGAAUUGGAGCCGGGGGGUGAACUAGGACAACAAAGUGAAUUUGACGGCGAACUAACCUGCCUAUGGGAUAAAAUGGGAUA